AUGCUCCCUGGAUUACAGAUAUUUGAUCUUCACGAGCCAUCCAAGUGCAAUGUUCUGAACAGCAUUGCUGCAGACUUUGAGGGUGGCUCUGCAAAAUCGCUGUCUGACUAUUAUUCUCCAGGAUGCACUCCAGAAUGUAACGGCCACCAUUUGGUUGUAUAUCUUGAAAACGCACUCCACAGAGGUGUUCCAAUCUGCUACAAAGAUGUAUCUGCAUUGAUUCUCCAUGAAAGCUCCAAGGUAAGGAAAAUCUCACUGAUGCUGCACUGCAAGCAUUUCCCAGACAUACCACCUCCUCCCUCUUUUCAGCAUGAUCCCGACCACUUGAUCAGGGCAAUCUAUUUAAGGCAGAAGGGGAAUAUCAGGAUUCUCUCCUUGAUAAAGCAGGCAAGGGAUGGAAACAAGGAUGUUAGAGAAGCGGCGCUGCACCAGCUGAUGAGGUUCUCCGAAGACGAGAGAUACAAGACAAAGAUACUCAGAGCAGUGUGCCAUGGAAUACACGAUAGAGAGCUUUCAAUAAGGGUGUUUGCUUCAAAGGCAAUUGGAGAGUUCAAGGGCCUUCCCGACGAGAUGAUCGGGAGGCUUCUGAGCAAGCAGGUCACUAGCCCCGAUGACCAGGAGCUUUGCGGGGGAUUGAUAUACGGUAUUGAGGACGAGUACUCUGAUGUUCGCAGAAAUACAAUAUCAUCUGUAUUCUCGCUGAUUACACCGGGGAUCGCCUCGAAAGCCUUUGACUUCAUUGUCGACUCUUUGAAUGACGACGACAGCGGUGUCAGGGAGCUCUGUACCCUUUACCUCAAGAAGAUAAGCAUGAAGUAUGUGCUAGCUGUGGACAAGGAGAUAGUCCGGCAGAUCAGUGAGAGCCUCAAGGAAAGAAGCUGCAAUGUCAAGGCAAAUAUCCUGGGCCUACUUGGAAACCUCAAGUAUGAAGACGUAGAAGUCUUCAACAUCUUGACUUCUCAUAUGGAGGUGAAUGUGGGACCUAGAGAUGUAUUUAGGUGCAUAGGAAAAAUUGUGUCCAGAAACAAGAAGCUGUUUCUUGCAAACGUCGACAGAUUCUAUAAGCACACGCCCAUGGCCCAGGUCGAGGAAUCUCUUGAGGACAACCUUUAUGUUGCAAGAUUGAUGGUCUUAAGAGAGAUGAAAAGGGCUGAUCCAGAAAUGAGGAUAAGUAAGAUCAUUGAGGAUCACUUCCUGUUUCUCGACAUUAUGGAGUGCUCCAAGCCCAACGGAUGCGGAGAUGGAUACAUAUUUUUCAAGGACAUUCUCUGCCAGUUUCUUGAAGAGCCUAGUGUGGAUAAGAAGGGGCACUACAAGAGGCUUUUCAACCAGAUGAAAGAGAAUGAUGACGACCGGUAUCUGUUUAUAUACUAUGUCUACAAAGGAAUGGAUGAGCUUCUUCGUAAGAAAAGAGAUAAUAUACUCAGAAAGAUCCAAUUUCUCUUUGUAAAUACAGACUUCGACAUUUCGCUUAUCAGUAACAUCAAGCUCUUUAUAGAGUACAUAAAGAGUCUGGAUUUUAAGUCGAUAAGGUUCCUCAGGUACGACGUAGAUGUUCCAUCGAAGGUUAAAGUUCGUAGUAAGAUGCCUAUAAGGUUCUCUGCAUGCUUAACCAUCGAAAGCAGCCAUUGCGAUGUGCACUUGAAGGUCUGGUCUGAGAACAAACAGCCCAUCUACUACAGGGCACAAAAAGCGAUAGAUAUCUGUAUAUUCGAUGAUGUCUCCUCCAUCUGUUGCUCCAUCGUAAAGCUUCUACCCACACAGGAUAUCCAGCUUUCUCACACAAAAACUGUCUUGAUAGAGAAGAAAAAGCAUAAGAAGGAUUUAAUUCCAGGAAUAGACCGCUAUUGA